GGCUGGCCAAAAGGGCGGAGCGGGCCUCUGUGACGUACAGGACCAUGCCCCUCGGGAGGACGCUGCGCCUGCGCCAGAACGUCUGCCUUGCUCCCGGAAGUGGAGGGUCUAGCCGAAGAGUGCCGCUGGGUCUGGGUGCCCGGAGGCAGAAGCUCUCGCGGAGCUCGCGGAGCUCACUCGUCGGCCCCCGACCGCCAUGUCGGCCUUCGACACCAACCCCUUCGCGGACCCAGUGGACAUAAACCCUUUCCAGGAUCCCUCUGUGACCCAGCUGACCAAUGCCCCACAAGGUGGCCUGGCUGAAUUCAACCCCUUCUCAGAGACAAAUGCGGCCACAACGGUUCCUGUCACCCAGCAUCCUGGGCCCUCACAGCCAGCAGUUCUCCAGCCCUCUGUGGAACCAGCCCAGCCAACACCCCAGCUCCUGCUUAGGCUAGCAAGUUCCUGCCUCCCAGAUUCCUCCCAGAUUUGCUCUCUGAGCAAGCUCUCAGAGAGGCAGAUGCUCCUAGGAGGAGAUCGUAUUCUCAGAGACAGCUACAUGCGAAAGCUUCCGCAGGCUGUGGCCUCUGCAGCCCAGGCAAGCCUGCUCCGGCAGCAGGAAGAACUGGACAGGAAGGCAGCUGAGCUGGAACGCAAGGAGCGGGAGCUACAGAACACUGUGGCCAGCCUACAUGUGAGAGAGAACAACUGGCCACCCUUCCCCUUGUGGUGCCCGGUCAAGCCCUGCUUCUAUCAGGAUUUCUCCACAGAGAUCCCCACCGACUACCAGCAGAUAUGCAAGAUGCUCUACUAUCUCUGGAUGUUGCACUCCGUGACUCUGUUCCUCAACCUGCUUGCCUGCCUGGCCUGGUUCCUAGUCGACAGCAGCAAGGGAGUGGACUUCGGCCUCUCGAUCCUGUGGUUUGUGAUCUUCACCCCCUGUGCCUUCCUUUGUUGGUACCGACCCAUCUAUAAGGCCUUCAGGUCCGACAACUCUUUCAGCUUCUUCGUGUUCUUCUUUGUAUUUUUUUGUCAAAUAGGGAUCUAUAUCAUCCAGUUGAUCGGCAUCCCUAACCUGGGGGACAGUGGUUGGAUUGCAGCCCUGUCUACCCUGAAGAAAGACUUGGCAGUGUCGAUCAUCAUGAUGGUGGCGGCUGGCUUCUUCACCCUCUGUACCGUGCUCUCCCUCUUCCUCCUGAAGCGGGUGCACUCCAUGUACCGCCGGACGGGAGCCAGCUUUCAGCAGGCCCAAGAGGAGUUUUCCCAGGGCAUCUUCAGCAGCAGGACCUUUCGCAGCGCUGCGUCGUCUGCUGCCCAAGGAGCCUUUCAAGGGAAUUAGCCCUGACUCUCCCCUCUGCUCCAGCCUUUUCUCCAGCCUGCCUUCUGAACCGCACUUCCCGUGGGUGCCUUAAGCAGUGCUUGUGCCCAGCACAGACCCGGGGAGGGGCUUGUCGUGGCCCUUCCUCCUUCCUCAGCAGCCAGCUCUCCCUUUCACCCGAGGGGAGGGAAGGGAGGGAGGCAAAGGGACAUUUUUACACAAGAGAAAAGAAAAACAUGGUCUUUCCUUCUCUGGUGGUCGUUUGGUAGGAUUCUUUCGUCUCUCUGGAAGCAGUGGCACUGAAGUUCCCUACACUCACAUUCGCGCACAUACACGUACGCAUUUGGAUCACCGGCUGACCUGUGCCCACCCCAGCUAGAGUUGAUGGGGUGUCCUGGGCCUCCGCUCCUCCCCCAGCAGCCUGGCCUGAAUCUGGCUCCACAGACCCAGCCUGUGGCUUCCAGUCCUGUCCUCUCUUGCCCAUGCUGGGGUAACCUCCCAAGGGCCCCCAUUAGAUGAGCUGCAGUCUAGGCUGGUGGACAACUCUUUUCCCCAGAUCACUCUGGACGGGUCUCUGUGCUUCCAGAGCCUCUGGCCUGGUUCCCCAGCCUCUUCCCUGCCUCAUGUUUUUCACAAACAGAUUUAUAGCCCUUCCGGCCCUUUCCACCCUUCUGCUGUGGGCAGCACCCUGUGCCCUCUGGGGCUCUCCCUGAGCCCUUUCCUCUUUAGACUUACUGAAUGUGCAAUGGGGUUGGCUGGGAUUUGGGGGUAGGGAAGGACAGAGGAUGACCGGAGUUGUCCUGCCCAGCCUUUAGCAGUCUUCUAGGAGUGGGCUCUGACUGCUCUGGUGUGAGUCAUUUGACCCUGUUUUGUUUCCCUCACCUCCUGGGAGACAGCAGUACUCUGCUUUGGCCUUGAUUCUACCCACUCAGCAUCUCACAUCAGCAAUAUCUAGUUUGUGUAACUCUUUGGGAGGGCAGGGCCAGUCAGGCCAGAACUGCAUCCUCCAAGCUGGACUGAUAAGCCCCCCUUUUGAGGAUUCCAGACUAACCCUCCAAGGUUCCCCUAUACCCCAAGUGGAGUCUAGGUCCUAGGGAUUUCCUAGGAGGUGUGUCGCUGUGAUGGGCACCUAGGAAUCCAUGGUUAAUACCUGCACCCUGUCUUCCAGAGGCUGUAGGAGUAGGUGUGUAUACUGAGGGAACUUCUCAAAAAGCUGGCCAACCCAGUGGCCGCCCUCAGGCUGCCAGCCCACUCUGCCCCAGAGCCACUGAAAGAUAAGCAGUGACCAAGGUUUUGUAGCCUUCUGGAAUGUUUUCUCCAUGUACAAAUGUAUAUGUUAUGUCUCAAUUUUGUGCUUAAAUAAAAAGACAUUUUCAGACAACA